AUGCGCCUCCUAGACGCAGAGACGUAUCUUUUGAAGGACUCGCAUGACCACCUUCAGGCCGAACCUUAUGCCAUUCUGUCGCACACCUGGACUGAUCACGAGAUAACCUUCAAAGACCUUGCAACCAACGGCAGCCAGGAAAAGCUGAGGGCAGAUGUCAAGAUUUCGGGGUGUUGUAAGAAGGCGUCAGCCCAUGGCCUAAACUAUGUCUGGAUCGACACCAUCUGCAUCGACAAGAGUAGCAGUGCCGAGCUGUCCGAGGCCAUCAACUCCAUGUACGAAUGGUACUCGGGCGCGGCUGUCUGUUAUGCUUACCUCUUAGAUGUCAGCUCCAGCGACCCCAACGUACGUGAGUCAGAGUUACGUCGGAGCAGGUGGUUCACGAGAGCAUGGACCCUCCAGGAGCUGCUGGCGCCCCGCGAGGUUGUAUUCUACGACUCCAGCUGGCGGAGGAUCGGACGCAAGGUCAAAUCCCGUCCAGGUGAGGACUUCCACCUCAAGCCUUUUGAUCAGUUGCUCGGGGAUAUCAGUGGGAUAAGCACAAAUUACCUUGUCGCCUCCGCAUCCAUCGAGAGAGCCGAAGUGGCUAUGAAGAUGCGAUGGGCGGCCCGCCGACAAGCAACUAGGAGAGAAGAUGUAGCCUACUCUCUAAUGGGUAUUUUCGGUGUCAACAUGGCUAUGCUCUAUGGAGAAGGCGAUAAAGCCUUCACCAGACUCCAGGAACAGAUAAUUGCCAACUCGGACGACGAAACGAUAUUUGCGUGGUCCCAUCUGCCGAAUGGCAGGCACAGCCAUAGUCUCUUGGCCGAGAGCCCCGCGGAUUUCGAAAACUCAAUGAACGUGUAUGGAGACAGCUCACUCUCAAGCCAGCCGCAAUUCUCUUCCCAUUAUUCAUUGACCAAUAAAGGUCUCCUCAUUGAGCGGCAAAUGUUGGCCUUGCCCGAGCCAUUUGGGGGCUUUCUGUUGCUUCUGGGAUGCGCAUAUAACCCAUAUGGAGCACGGCCUAUCAUUCCCGAUCUGCCAGUCGCCGUGUUGCCUCUGAUGCCCUCGACUGCAUCCAGAACGACCCACGGUCAACUGCAAAGACCUAGCGGUGUUGCAGUAGUGGGCAUCCGGCGGAGGUACAUCCGAAACAGGACGAUGAAAGUUUACAUUGCAAAAUCAGUGUCCAGCCAUCCCGCUUUUGGACAUCGCGGGCUGCGCUUAUCGACCAAGAGCGGUGUGCUGACAGCAGACCUUCAUCUCCUCGAAUCGUAUCCCUUGUCUUGGGAGGUCCGUCUUGAUAAUGACGCUUUUGUCCGGCCCCUCCAAGACACUGCGAGCUCACACGGCGAGAAAUCCCAACAGAGGCUUCUGCUGCGCGUGAGAGGUUCUAACAAUGUCGACUACGUAGUGAGCCUCGAGUAUGCGUUUACCUCUGAACGCCCGAUCUCACUGGGCUUUGAUAUCACCAAAAUGCAUGGGCAUCCGUCGUUGGCGGACCUGAUCCUUGAGAAACACGGCAAUGUACUGCGCGGAACAAACAACUCGCAUGCUACCUCGGAGGACGGAUGUGUCAGCCUGGGCUUGGAUAAAACUGAUCCGCACUCCUGGAUUCUGAGGUUUCAUACGAGAAACGAGAGCUGA